AUGGCACGUCCUGGGAAAAACACCUAUGAUGAAAAGAAGCCUCCAUAUUCGUACAUUUCGUUGACGUAUAUGGCAAUACAGAAUUCCGAGGAAAAAAUGCUACCAUUGACAGAAAUUUAUAAAUUUAUUAUGCAAAAUUUUCCAUUUUAUCGUAAAAAUACAAAACGUUGGCAGAAUUCACUGCGGCAUAAUUUGUCAUUCAACGACUGCUUCGUAAAGGUUUGGUUUAUACCUCUGUAUAAAUAUAAUCAUAAGUGA